AUUUUGGACGAAAUCCGACGAAAUUUCCUUCCUCUCUUCCACUUUUAUUUUUGGUAAGUUCCUUCUUCCCUUCCUGCCGGGGAAAAAAUCAACAAAGGAAACGAAAUCGAUUCCCUUCGGUCGUCAUCCCCGCGCCUCCCGAGACGCGUCUCGAAUUACGCACAAGAAAAGAAUCGAAGAAAGAAAUCGUUUGUUGGGUUCGAGACGGUUAUCCGAAGAUCAUUUGCUUCUCAAGGGGGCGUUUCGUUGCGGAAGGCAAUUCAGGCAUGCAGAGCCAACUUGUGUGUAACGGCUGCAGGAGUCUUCUUCUUUACCCUAGGGGAGCUACUAACGUGCGCUGUGCAAUAUGCAACACUGUAACUUCAGUUCCUCCUCCAGCAAAUCAGGUUUCUCAUGUGAGCUGUGGCCAGUGUCAUACAACACUGAUGUAUCCAUAUGGAGCACCAUCAGUCAAAUGCGCGAUAUGUCAUUAUGUUACAAACAUAGGAGCAAGUAAUAUGAGAGUUCCAAUCCCUGCAGCACACAGGCCUAAUGAAUCUACACCCAUGCCACCAUCCACUUCAGCUCUUGGUUCUCGAGCGCAGACUGUUGUUGUUGAGAAUCCCAUGACGGUGGAUGAAAGCGGCAAACUGGUGAGCAAUGUUGUAGUUGGAGUCACCACCGGGAAAAAAUGACGCUCUACUACGCAGAUCCAUGCAUAUCGGCGGUUGGUUUUUAAUGUCGUAAAGGUCGAUAUAAUUAAGCUCUCCAUUUUGGAGCUCGGGUGUCUAAUAGAACAGUUAAGAAUGCAAGCCAUGAUGAAUGUUUAUAAAACAAUUGAUGCUACUCUAGCCUAAAUACAUGUAUUCUUUUCAUUUGUAUAUGAGCUGUGUCAGAAUUUUAAUGUGCAGGUUCGCAUGAUCAUAAUACUAUAGGAAAGUAGCAAGUGGUAUCAUGAUUGGCUUACAGAAUUGAUACCGAGUCAGGCUUAUGAAUGAUUAUCCCUGUAAUGAAUAAUUAACCCUGUGGAUUUAUCUGUAAGGCAAGAUGUUGCUAGUUGUGUUUGUGACAGUGCUAACCAGAUGAUGGAUUGGUUGUUAGCAGCCUCUUGUUUUUGAAGGUCAUUACCUGUUUGGAAAUUUGUCUAUUUAUUUUUUUUAAAUAAAAAAAAUUAUAGAAACAUCAUUU